UUCCCUCAAAGUAUGAGGAUAGGCCCAAGCUUUCACCAACAAGUACAAGGUAUAAGCAGCUCUAGUAUUAAUGCCAGUAUUAGACUGUUUGGUAUUUUUGCAGAAAAAUGUGAGGGCGUUGCUGCUGACUGCAAGAUCGUCCUCACGAUAAGUUUAAGAGGAUUUGAAGCCAUGGAGAUUCCCCUGUUGAGAUGUUGACGUUGUGUGGACGACGAUAUAAACCCUGCAGAAUUUGACUGAAAGCAACCAUGAAGCAAGUUUGUCGCCUCUUGUUCGCCCUUCAACUGAUCUCCGUCGCCGGUGAGUUGCUGAAGCUAUGUGAUGGUAAAGAAAGCAUUGCCUUUCCAAUGAAAUAGGAGCCACAGGGGCCAAAAUAAUUGGUGGACGGGUCCCAAGGCCUCACUCACCGUACAUGGCCUCAACAUCUGUGUGGAGGGCUUUUAAUUCGUGACAACUUCCUCCUCACUGCAGCCCAACUGUCAGAAGUGCAGUUGACUUCUUAGCAGAUUCCGUUGAAAGCAGACGAAACAUGAAGCAGGUUUGCCGUCUCUUGUUCGCCCUUCAACUGAUCUCCGUCGCCGGAGCCACAGGGGCCAAAAUAAUUGGUGGACGGGUCUCAAGGCCUCACUCGCGACCGUACAUGGCCUCAGUGCAGCGCGAUGGACAACAUCUGUGUGGAGGGGUUCUAAUCCGUGACAACUUUGUCCUCACUGCAGCCCAUUGCUCUAAGAACAGUCCUACCAUGGUGGUACUUGGAGCACAUAACCUCAGUCGUGCAGAGCAAAGCCAGCAGAGGAUCAAAGUGCAGAAGUCCUAUCCACACAAACAUUACAAACAGGGGUACGACUAUGACAUCAUGCUGCUCAAGUUGAAAACUAAAGCCAAGCUGAACAAAUACACCAAGACCAUGAAACUCCCGGACGGAGCUCCAGUGAAAAUCGAUUGCACGGUGGCUGGCUGGGGCAAAACCGGUGCUGAAGAACCUCCGUCCAAAGUGCUGAAGGAGACGGAAGAAGUUCUCCAGUCGAGCAAGACGUGCAAAAAGCUGUGGCAAAACCACUUCUACGCUCAGCACAUGGUGUGCACCAAGAGCAAAGCUAAUGAAGGAGUCUACCAGGGUGACUCUGGAGGGCCGCUGCUCUGCGGCCACAAGCUGAUAGGGAUCACAUCAUUCACGUCUAAUAUAGUCACCCAUCCAGGCUACCCUCACGUCUUCACCAAUGUCCCCUUCUUCGUCCCGUGGAUCAAGAGUGUGACGAACAGUCCUCACUCAUCGGACUGAAUGCGACGCUCGGGAAUGAAUAGAAGAAAAAGGUGUUGGAGACGUCACUGUGAUUCCAAGACCAGGAACACGGAGGGUCAGUCGUAGUGCAAGCUUUUAAAGUUAAAUCGCUUCCUGUCUGUGAAGCCAGUCAUCUGAAAUGACACGAACAACACGGUAGACAAUGAAAUCUCUCUACAUCACAUGGUGGUCACUGGAUCGAUGCUUAUGAGAUUGUUGCGCUAGCUCGCUAAUAGCAAUAAACGCAAUUCAGCCGCACCUGACUUGGAUCUCUUGUGAAGUAUCUCUUCUCUAUCACCUGUUGGAAGACAAAACAUCCAGUUACCUUCCUUUCAUUGAAUAGACGUC